AUGGAGUCUUGGGCUUUCGUUGACCUGGUCGAUGCUGCAGCCUCCAAGGGCUGGCACGCUCCCCAGCGCGAGCAUCCUGUACAGGAGUCGCGCUCUCACGUUAGCCAUGGGUAUUCAAACUCGACGGACUUCGUGGUUCUUAACCUUGGUACGGAUAUCAUCGUCCGGCCUGGACUGGUCGAUGAUAUGCCGCCCUGGUUUCCCACCCCGUUCCUGGUACCCAUCCCAGUCUCGCUCUGGACAAGUGAUGGAGUGACAUCUUCUGUUCCCGAGGAAGAUGUCGACAUCGACUCACUUCUGCCGGGGCCUGGGCUUGGCUUCAUUGCCAAGUUGUUGCUUGUCUGUGUUUGGUGGCUCUGUCAAGCCUCUUUGGUCUUGAUUGCUUACGAACGGCAAUUGUUCUCCGACAUUGAAACCAUGAUGGAGGGGAUUCUGAAGGUUUUCGAGGGCCAGCUGCAGAUUGCACGUGUGCAAUUUGUAGCCGAGGAGGAUUCAUCUUUUGACAAAAAGAUGGAUCUUCUGAUCGCGGGCUCAGCGGAAACCGACGAAGAAGCUCUUUUGUGGGUCAUGGCCGCAGACAGUUGUCCCGAAUCUGUGUCUCAUGUGUCGGUUCUCUCUCAGUCUGGAGGUAUCUGGGUCCACCGGAUCACCAAAGGCCUGGGAGAUGAGCAGGCACCGGAGCCAGAAUCGGAGUGCAAUACCACCAAGCCGGCUAGCACUACUGAUGACGUUCGCGAGAACUUGGUCUCUCGACACCCUUGGAACUCGAUUGAUCUCUACGCCUCCGACUCGGAUGAUUCUCCAGCCCCAGCUGUGAGUCUGACCGCCUCCGACCAUGACGAUUCUCCGGCCCCGGCUGAGAGUCUGACUGGAAACGGUGCUGACGGUCCUCCGGCUCCGGCUGAGAGUCUGACUAGCAACGGUGCGGAAGAUGAGCGUCCUGAUUCCACCCCGGCGUACUUCAGCAGAAAAAACCGUCCGUCGCAAGCAAAGAGACGUCGCGCUGCAAAGAGAGCACAACAGGAAAAGAAGGAACUUCAGCAUUCUAAUGUUUUAGCCUCUUACGCUUCCCGUGCUUCUCUUGCGAUGCCUCCGAGCUCGACGCCUUUGUCGGCUUUGGCUCCGGUUUUUGUCCCUGGUCAUCUGGCGGAGCAGGGUGAUUCGCAGAGUGGUCCUCUUUCUCCGGCUCCCUUGUUCGCAAAUGUGGGCAUUGAUCCUCCUACGGACUGUGGUACGACUUUGCUCGAUGACAACGCUCUUCCCCAGCAGUCCCGCCGCCGUCGUCGCCGUCGACAGCAUCAUGCCUAG